UUAGCUUGUAGCUACCAUUUUGCUAGUUUUAGCUUUUAGCUGUUCUUCAUUUUAAUUUCAUGUUUAACAGUUAAAUCCCCUCGGCUGUAUCUUUUUGUUUCGGUAUAGUUGACCGUGUUUAGCUGUUUUUUGGGUUCAGAACAUGUUUCUCACCGGACCGGAUUGGACCGGACCCGUCCCUCCUGGCGCUGAAGGGUUUCCUGCAGGAUUAUUGUGUUAAAGCUUCUGGAACGGCUCAGCUGCAGGUUUUGGCUGCAGGAUGAGGUCAGCUGCUUUUCUUCUGCUGAUGUUCUGCAGCUCGGUCAGCCGGUGUUGGUCGGAGGGGUCCGGGCCGAUGCGUUCGGGCGCCGGGGUCGGGGCGGACGAGCUUACGGUCCUGCGGGACGAGCUGAGGGGCCUGAAGGAUCUGGUCCUGAGCCUGAGAGGGGAGGGCGUGGGACAGCGUCAAGCCCUGCGGAGCGUGGAGAGCCGGCUGAGAGACGGAGMGACGACGGCGGAGCGGCAGAGACAGAACCUGGACCGGCUGCAGGUGGACGUCCACGAUCUGAGGACGGUGCUGUCAGAGCUGAGCUCYGGUUCCAGGAGGAGGGAGGAGCUGGAGGCCCGGAGCCAAGCCCAGUUGGUCCAAAUGUCAGAACUUCAGCACAGAAUGAACAGCAGUGAGAGAUCUGUGGAGAACCUGAGGAAGAAGAACUCAGUUCUGGCUGCGGAGCUGCCGUUCCUGCAGACCAGACUGAGAGCGAGUGAGAACACGGUGGAACAGCUGAGGAGGAAGAACGCAGUCCUGGCAGCCAGACUGUGCAGCACUGAGAGUCUGCUGGAGGACCUGAGGGAGCAGAUCUCAGAGUUCCAGCCCUUUAACAGAUCAUCGGAGAUGAUCCCUGAUGGAGGAAUGCUUCACAAGCUGAAGRCAAACACUGACGCUGAAACAAGUCGCUUAGUUUCUGUAGAGAGUGGACUGGAGGAGAGCAGGAGACAACUAGAGGAACUGAAAACACAGAACACAGAGCUGCUGAUGAGACUGAGAACCAGUGAGGAACAUCUGAACCAGCUGAACACAAACAGCACAGGUGUGGAGGUCAGACUGAGAUCCACAGAGACACAUCUGGACCAGAUUCAGAACCAGACUGCAGGUUCUCUCAUUAACUCAUCUGUUUAA